AUGUGGAUGUAUUUUGAAAUAAACAAAAAGAGUAUUCCUAAUCAUAUUACUAAAGAAAUAUUUAAUAAUCUAACUCUGACUAUAAAGGAUAAAUUUUCUAAAACCCCUUGUCCUUAUUUUAAUUUUAAUGAAAAACAUCACGAACCAACGAAAUUAAUGAAAUUACGUAUAUUUAAUUACAACGUUGAUACCUUUCAGUAUAUGUUGAAGGAUGUAAUUAACUCAGAUAAUUGUUCAUUAAUAAGAUAUAUAAACAAAUGUAUUGAGGUAUAUAGAGAUAUGAAUUCGAAGUACUGCACUGGAAGUGAUGGCACUACAGAAGAAAACCAAAAUUCAUGUGAUAUAAUACGUAAAUUUGAUAAUUUAUAUUCGUCAUAUAUUUAUAAUAAGGGUGGCAUAUUUCAAAAUUUUCCAAGUUUGUCUUCUAAUACUCCUACAAAAGUUAUAAGUGGUUGCCGAUCAGAAGAAAUUGAGUCUUAUCCAGAUUCUCAAUCACAAAUCAAUCAAUCAGAUCGUUCUAUAAUUCAAAGCGUACCCCCUGCUCUUGGAGUAAUGGCUGGGAUACCUCCCUUUUUGGCGUUAAUAUAUAAG